CGUUCUGUCAGUUUCGCGCAACGCGUUGGGACUUCGACACGUUUUGCGUUCGGUUGCGACUCCAUAUCUGUGGUUGCGACAAUGUUUUGUUUUAACAAAUCGUGAUGUCCCUUUAGUUUGAAUGAACCUAUCAGUUUUUUAACCAAAUAUUACGCGACCUGUUCAUUAUUUUUAUUAUUCUUGAAUCGGUUUGUUUGUGUUUAUGGGUAAAGAGUAGAGCGAGAGUUAUUGAAAAUGGAGCACCGUAGCAGAAUAGUACAAUAUCUGGUGGCAGCCUCAGUGUCCUUGGCGUCCCUAACUCUUGGAGUGUCGUCAGCCUGGCCCACGCCUGUUCUACCGAAGUUCCAUGCCAAUGAGACGGGUGUAGAAAUAACUGAUCAAGGAGCAUCAUGGAUGUUAGCGAUGAACUCGCCCGGGUUUAUAGCCGGGAGCUUCGCCACCCGGUUCAUCUCGGACAAAUUCGGGAGGAAGGCCACCAUUCUCGUGAGUGCAUACCCCAUGGCUCUGGGAACUAUUGUACUCCUCUUUGCCAAGACGGCAUGGCUCCUGUACAUCACCAGAUUUUUAUGGGGUGCAAGCACGGGAAUGAUCGGAACCGUAGUAUCAAUGUACUUGGCCGAGAUAGCCGACAAAGACCUCCGCGGCACCCUCUCCGUGGGCACUCGCUUCAUGUUCAACUUGGGCACUCUUCUGGCGAUAUCAGUGGGACCGUUCCUGUCCUACCAGGCUCUGAACAGUUCUUUGAUAGUGCUACCGGUGUGCUACUUCGUGGCUUGCUGGUGGAUCCCAGAAUCUCCGUACUACUACCUCAAGGAAGGGCGCGUGCACGACGCGGGAAAGACUCUGACGAAGUUGAGGAGUUACAAAGAUAAAAAGGAGAUGGAGGAUGAGCUCUCAGCACUGCAGUCGUCCGUGGCCAACGAGAUGCGCCGAGACAGCUCCGUCAAAGAGCUUUUUACAGGAAAGCAGUAUCGAAGAGCAAUUAUUAUUUCUACAGGACUGAAGUUGGCACAAAUUAUGGUGGGGGUGGUGACAGUGCAGCACUACUUGGGAAGGAUAAUGCAAGAUACGAAAUCUGAUAUCAACCUGGCAACGAUUUUCAUCAUAUUUGGCGCAGUCAGAUUUGUUAUAGGUAUAAUGUCAUCGAUCCUUGCCGAUCGGGUAGGCCGCCGACCUCUGCUCAUCUAUUCCUUCUUGGGCACAGCUAUAUGCCACAUCAUCGCCGGGGCCUACUUCUUCUGCCAGGAAGUCCUCCAAAUCGACCAAGCAUCACUAACCCCAUACGUCAUAAUACCAUUGAUUGGAAUUUUCGGUUCCAGCAUCGUCUCUACAAUUGGGUUUGGGUCUAUAAUUUUUGUCAUUCCGGCUGAAAUAUUUCCUAUAAAUAUCAAGGCUGUAGCUUUGAGUGCUCUGAGUAUAUACGGUGGCGUUCUGGGCUUCAUCGUGGCCAAGUUCUUCCAAGAUUUGAAAGACUGGACGGGCCUUUGUGGGGUAUUUUGGAUAUACUCCGGGGUGGCCAUAGCUGGGGCGGUAUUCUCCUUGUUGUGUGUGCCUGAAACCAAAGGAAAGAGUCUGGAAGAAAUACAGAUUUUGUUGCAAGGUGACUUGUAUGACGGUGGGGACGGCAGGACGAGCCAGGUGGCUAAAGCGGAUGAAAAAGAUACUGAAUUACAGGAGCUCAAUAAAAAAGAUUCGACAAAUCUUUAAUUCGUUUAUGGUUUUUAACUUUCUAUAAAUUACAUAUAAGAAAUUAAUUGCAUUUAGUUAAUUAAGUUUUAAGUAAACAUGACAAAUAUUACCUUCCUGGAGAUUGUUUUAAAAUGGUUUGAUUUUGCAAGUUAAUACUAGAUAAAAUAACUAGUACUUAACAUACAAAGAUGUCCUUCACUCGCAUUUAUUUUUAUUAAAACACUGUUUUACAAUUUUAAGAUAUUGGUCACAAUUUCAAGUACGAGUAUAGGCUAAUGAAUACACGGUUCGCGGAAAUUGUAAGACUGCCUAUAUUUUAAGUAAAUUAGGAUAUAAAAUACUAUUAUAAAUAUAAUUUCAUACAUUAUUGAUUAUAAACUCAGGUGAUAAAAUGUCUGAUACAUAAAAUGUAAGUCCGAUUAGCUUUAAAUCUUAGAAUAAGGAGUUACGGAGUUAUUUUUUUAUAACUAAAGAAGUUUUCUGAAAACUAAGGCCAGUGAUUUAUUGCUCCAAAUUAAUUGUUCCAUAUUUUGUGAAAUAUUCUUUGCUUGUGAAGAUUCUACCGCAGUUGAAAAGUAGCUCGAGGGUUCAUCCUCUUUGACAUUAUUUUUUAUUUUUGUAUGACACCGACAAUAUUGAUAGUGAGUAUAAGUAUUACGUUAAGGCUUUUUGAUUUGUGUAUCAAUCUUGUCAAAGGUAUUUUUAAACUUUUAUAUAAAGUAGGUAGAUAGAUUCGAUUGAUUUGUGCUCGAUCUAGUUUUACUAAUAGGUAUAAUUAUGUGUAUGUCAUUGAUCUCUUUGACUAUUUGUACGUUUGCUAUCACAAUAUAUUAUAGGAUUCUGCUGUAAGCAAAUUAUUAUCUAUGUUAAUUGUGGACUCUAUGUUUUAUCCGAGUUCGCACUAUUCGACCGUGUUAUCAACGAGUCCACAUAUUCAUGACAUGAGGCUUGUACAGUCAGCAUCAAAUAGUUAGUGACACCCAAUUUGGGUGACCCAAAGUGGCCAAAAAGUUGAUAACCCAACCUUAUUCCAAAUGUAAAAAGACAUAUUGCGAACUUUUUGGCUACUUUGGGUUUCACAAACUAUUUGACGCUGACUGUAGGUACCUUAAUUAGGUUUUUCCAACUUUUGUACUUAGGUAGUUAUCCGACUCUAUGUCGAAGUUUGUGAUUUAAAUACGCACAAUUGUGCGUAUUUAAAGUUUACCGAAUUUUAUAUUAUGUUGAAAUGAUUGUUACAAUCACAAUUAGCAUUUAAGAAACCUCUUGUAAGAAGAAAUAAAGUAUAAUGUUUGUA